AUGGCUACUCUCAAACGUCUUGCAGCAGAGACAUUAGUCAGUCCAGGGAAGAAGAAGAUUGCAAAGUUGGAAAAAAAUGACCCGAAGAGAACCAUCGACGAAGAAACACCGUAUCAAGAACUACUCCAAUUAUUAGAAACCCACAAGAGUUCAAAACUUCAUGAAGAUCUAAAAGCGAAGAAUGACAAAAAACCGAUUGUAGUAUACUGGAUGCGAAUGCGAGACUUGAGACUUGCAGAUAAUCGAGCUUUAUCAGCUGCUUCUCAAGUCGCACAAACACUUCAAGCUCAUUUGAUAGUACUGCAUAUCUUUUCACCUGGAGAUUAUCACGCUCAUGAUCGAUCAGCUAGAAGAAUUGAUUUCGUACUACGUAAUUUAAUUGAUCUUCGUCUUCGUCUUCGUGAAUUGAAUAUUCCACUUUAUACAAUUUCGAUUGAGAAACGUAAAACAAUUCCGAAGCGAGUGGUAGAAUUGUUGAAUGCUUGGGAAGUUACUCGAAUCUUUGCUAAUAUCGAACAUGAGGUCGAUGAGCUUCGUCGGGAUAUCGAACUAAUCAACCUAUGCCAUCCUCAAGGAAUAAAAGUUGACCUUUCCCACGAUACAUGUCUAGUCGAACCUGGCAAAGUGCUCACGAAAGAAAACAAACCUUACUCAGUCUUUAGCCCAUGGCAAAAGAAUUGGGCAAAUAUCAUUAAUAGUGAUUUAUCUAAUCAUCUUGAUGCAGCACCAGAGAUCAAAGGCAAUGAUCCUAGUGCAAUGGAUGAUGAUCGAUUGCAGAGUUUAUUUGAAGUCGAAAUCCCGUCGUUCAUUCCUGGGUUUGAACUGCCAGAUGAAGAAGCCAAGAGGAUACGAGAUUAUUGGGAAGCGGAUACAAAACCGAAAAGUACACCAACGAUUUUAGAAGAAUAUUCAACAUUAAGAAACCGACCUGAUUUACCUGGUACAUCUCGUUUAUCUGCUUAUCUUGCUGCUGGCAUCAUUUCUCCUAGAACUUGUGUUAGAAUCACGUUAGAGAAGAAUGGAAAACAAUUCAAGAAUCAAAAACUUCAAGUUGAUCAACGUGAUACUGGAAUUGGUAUGUGGCAAAGUGAAUUAGGUUGGAGGGAUUUUUAUCAACAUGUACUUGCUGCUUGGCCAAGAGUAAGUAUGGGACAAAAUUUUAAUCAAAAAUUUGAUCCAAUGGUAUGGGAAAAAGAUGAAUCAAAACUUGAAGCAUGGAAAUUAGGUAAAACUGGGUUUCCAUUCAUUGAUGCUUGUAUGAGACAACUUUUAGAAAUGGGGUAUAUGCAUAAUCGUGGUAGGAUGUGUGUGGCUAUGUUCUUGACUAAAGAUUUAUUGAUUGAUUGGAGGAUUGGAGAGAAAUGGUUUAUGCAACACUUGGUAGAUGGUGAUCUGGGUAGCAAUAAUGGUGGAUGGCAAUGGUCAUCUUCAACGGGCUGUGAUUCACAACCAUACUUUAGAAUCUUUGCACCUUUAUCUCAAUCAGAAAAAUCAGAUCCAAAUGGAGAUUUCAUAAGAAAAUAUGUACCUGAACUUAAUUCACUUUCUGGCAAAGCUAUUCAUGAUCCUUAUAAGGCUCUUUCACCUGAUAAAUUCAAAAAAUUAGGGUACCCUAAACCGAUUGUUGAUCAUUCAGUUGUUCGUAAAAGAGCUUUAGUCCGUUAUAAGGUUAGUACUUUGAAAUAUUUAUCUUAUAUCAUCUCUCUAUCAUCUCGAAUCUUGAUAAUUGAAUUGUGA